GGAGCUUCCGGACUGAGCGGCUUCCGGGCAAAGCGGCGUCCGGCGAGACUGUUUUAAUUGUAGGCAUUUGGUGACAAAAAUCUUCAGGAAAUUCACAGUCUAAUGAUUGUUAUAGGAUAUUGAAUAAUAUAAUACAUUUAAGAAAAAAAUGGAUGAAGAACCUGAAAGAACUAAGCGAUGGGAAGGAGGUUAUGAAAGAACAUGGGAGAUUCUUAAAGAAGAUGAAUCAGGAUCACUGAAAGCUACAAUAGAAGACAUUCUCUUCAAAGCAAAGAGAAAAAGAGUAUUUGAGCACCAUGGACAAGUUCGACUUGGAAUGAUGCGCCAUCUUUAUGUGGUAGUAGAUGGAUCAAGAACAAUGGAAGACCAAGAUUUAAAGCCGAAUAGACUGACAUGUACUUUAAAGUUGUUGGAGUAUUUCGUAGAGGAGUAUUUUGAUCAAAAUCCUAUUAGUCAGAUUGGAAUUAUUGUGACAAAGAGUAAAAGAGCUGAAAAACUGACAGAACUCUCAGGAAACCCUAGAAAACACAUAACAUCUUUGAAGAAAGCUGUAGAUAUGACCUGCCAUGGAGAGCCAUCUCUUUAUAACUCCUUAAAUAUGGCUAUGCAAACUCUAAAACACAUGCCUGGACAUACAAGUAGAGAAGUCUUAAUCAUCUUUAGCAGCCUCACAACUUGUGAUCCAUCUAAUAUCUAUGACCUAAUCAAGACUCUAAAGGCAACUAAAAUUAGAGUGUCUGUUAUUGGAUUGUCUGCAGAAGUUCGGGUUUGCACUGUGCUUGCUCGUGAAACUGGUGGUACAUACCAUGUUAUUUUAGAUGAAAGCCAUUACAAAGAAUUGCUGAUGCAUCAUGUUAGUCCUCCUCCUGCAAGCUCAAGUUCUGAAUGCUCACUCAUUCGAAUGGGAUUCCCUCAGCAUACAGUUGCUUCUCUGUCUGAUCAGGAUGCAAAACCCUCUUUCAGCAUGGCGCAUUUGGAUGGUAAUACUGAGCCAGGACUUACAUUAGGAGGCUAUUUCUGCCCACAGUGUCGGGCAAAGUAUUGUGAGCUUCCUGUUGAAUGUAAAAUCUGUGGUCUUACUUUGGUGUCUGCUCCCCAUUUGGCACGGUCUUACCAUCAUUUAUUUCCUUUGGAUGCUUUUCAAGAAAUUCCCCUAGAAGAACAUAAUGGAGAAAGAUUUUGUUACGGAUGUCAGGGGGAAUUGAAAGACCAACAUGUCUAUGUUUGCACUGUGUGCCAAAAUGUUUUCUGUGUGGACUGUGAUGUUUUUGUUCAUGACUCUCUCCACUGUUGUCCUGGCUGUAUUCAUAAUACUCCAACUCCUUCAGGUAUUUGACUCCAGCAUAUAGUACAUAUUGAAUGUGCUAAGAAAUUUGCAACUGUAAAUAAAAUGAUCCUUUAGAAGAAGCUCUCAUUAAAACAUGAAAAGCAUUUCAAAAGGAAAAACCUAAGAACCUUUUCGCCAAGAAAAUGUAAUAUUUUAUUAAAUUUUAAAAUUUGUGUCCUGUCACAGAAACACCUGGAAUUGAA